UUUACAUUUCCAUAAGAAAAAUCUGACAUUGAUUUGAUAUUAGCUGAUGAACAAUGGCGAUAAUGGAUCUAUUACGAGCAUAUCCCAACUUUGGUGAGCUAGCGUUUAAUUCAAGAGGAUUAUUCCCUGGAAAAUUAGGCAGCUCUUCCGCAGCUGCGUACGCCUUCAGCCUCCCUUUCGCUUUUGGGGCUUUACUUGGGAAUGGAGUGACGCAAUAUGCUUAUUGCGAUGUUGGUGCCACGUUAAGCGAAGAUUAUCUUUCUAAAAUACGGGUUGCAUCUGGAAAAAUCUUCCAGAGUGAUGCCCUGACAUACACUACAAAGCAGUAUGAUAUUCAAAUGAAGCCACUUUUCUCAGCUUUCCACUGGAAAGCUCUCGCGAUGACAUCACUAAGGUCAUUUUCGAUAUUCUAUCUUCCUCUUCUAGAACCACACUUACGCAUGGAAGAGGAUGAUGAUGACUUCCUAGCAGAUGAUAUGGAAGAAAACAAAAUAGACUUGAUGAUUCCUUUUAAGAAAUCAGUUAGACAAAUAAUGCUUGAGACGACAGUAAUCACAACAAGACGCCUUCUUGAAAGAGUUGUAGUUUAUUAUGGUUCACAACGCAUGGCAUGGAAAAUUCUCAAAGAUGUCCCCAAUUCUGCCCUUCGGAAAGCUGGAAGACAUAUGUCGAUUUUCAAAUACAUUUACUGUGUCGGUAGAACUACUUUUAGAGGACAUUUUGUAGGAGUUUUAGCUUCAUGGAUUGUUCACAUUGGCAUAGACAUCUACCAGUUCUUUUCUUCCGUUUCCAAAGCUAGAAAAGUCAUAGACACGGGCGUUGGCAAAACGAAACAAGUAAGAAUUCUUAGAAGAAAGGUCUCGGGUGCCACUGUAGGGUGUUGUGCUUCACUCUUCUUCGCCUCAGUAGGGGCCGGAAUAGGGGCGAGUUUAACUCGCCCUUCUGUAGGACAAUGGAUUGGAAGUGGUUUGGGGGAUGUAGCAGGGCCUAUUAUCAUCGCCUUUUGUUUUGAAAAAGCUCGUGAGGAAUAGAUUAAAAAAAUGGCAAAAUAAUGGACGCUGGAACCAGUGACUUCUACCCUACCGGGUACGGUGCGCAAAGGCUGCGAAGCCACCUAAAAGGCCCUAUAUUAUGGCAAUCAAAUUCUUAUUAAUAGGACGAGAUCUAGGGUAUGUAAAAUUGAUCAGCUAUCACAUCACUCACACCAGAUAAGAGAACAGAGAAUCAGAUAUUUCAUUCAUCCCAAAAGUGAAGACGAAGAGAUUCCUUCGAUCAAGGGUGUAGUUAGCUUGAGCUUUUCAAUGUUUUCAUUUGAUUGUUCUUCUACUUUUGUUAUGAAUAUGUGUGAUUAAAUCUU